AUGCCUGCUAUCAGCUCGCCUCUCUCGCCCAGAUCACAGCCUCUCGACAUUCCCUCUCAGGCUAGACGUCGACCAGCAAUGAACCCACGACAAUCCAGCAGCACCGGGCCUGCUGCACAUCUGAGGCUCCCUUCUCUGCCCCGCUUCCACCCAGCAAACUAUGCCUCCUCGCAAGGCUCAAGUCAAGCAAACACACCCGUUGCUGGCCCUGACAGCCCUAACUCGCCCGCGUCACCUCGAUCAAGCAACAGACAGUACGAGGUUCAGAGACAGAUGUACCUCUACCAGCAACAACUUCUCGCCAACACCAGCCGUCAAACUAGGGGCUUUGGACCAAAGCCGACCAGCCCUCGUCUAGAGCCUCUAGCCAGCCCUGGAGUAGUCACUCCAUUGGAACUUGAAGAAGAUGCCGGCGGCUACCUUACCGCUGGUGUAAGCCGAGCCGAGGCCGAUCAGCACGUUGAGAAGUACAUCCGUGAGGAAGCUCGUCGAAGAGGAGAGUACUCCCCUGGCCGGGCUACGUCUGUUGGUGGCAGUUGA